AUGAAUAUCUUACCAAAAAAAAGAUGGCAUGUUUUGAAAAAAGAGAACAUUGCUCGGGUGAGGUCAGAUGAGGCAAAAUAUGAGGAGGAGCGAAGAAAAAUUGAAUUUAAAGCACAGCUUGCUGAUCAGGAAGCACGAAUAGAUUAUUUAAGAAGGCAAAAAAGUAACCUAACAUCUGGCUCGGGAUCAGAUGGGUUCCAGAUAACUCUAACAAAAGAUAGUGUCCUGGAUGUUUCACAAGGAAACGCAGAAUACGAAAGUGAAAAGAAGAUCGAACAGGAGAAGAAAGAGAAAACAGUUGGGAUUUUGACCUAUUUAGGCCAAACUGUUCUUGAUGCUGCCGGUGAAAAGCCGUGGUAUGAUGUGCACCCUCGAACCCAUCAGCAUCGUGAAAGCGAACGAAGAAAAAACAAAGAAGAACUGGAAAUAAAAAAGAAAACAUUGGCUGACCCAUUAACAGAAAUGAAGAAGGUUGAGGAGAUGUUCAAACGCAACAAGGAACUAAAAAGACAGAGCGAAGCAGCUGAACUCGAACGUGCCAGUGCUUGCAUUCAUGCUAUGCCAAACUUAUUUCCUGAUGACAUAAUGGUACCAAAGUGCCCAUACAAAGAGGCUUCGAAAAGUCGGCGAACAGGAAGUAGGUAUAGUCAAUCACUUACUGAAACUUCGUGUAAUUCAUUUGGGGGGCUAACGAAAGAUUUAUCCACAGAGGUUUCUCUGAGUCCCGAAAGUAUGGAUAAAAAAUCACAUUUGAUUGAAAUGGCCAAGAGUUCAGACAUUAAUCGUCUUCGAGCUGAGAGACUGCAACGAGAACGAAAGGAAAGAGACAGGGCAGCAGUUUUACUGGCUAAAUCUUUUGGUCUGGAUGCUUUAAAACCUCCAGAUCAAGAGCAAUCGUAUGUGGACGAACGAAGUCUGCCCUUUAAUUCUGCAUUUAAUCCCGAACUGUCAGCUAUCCUGGCUGAACGACGCCAACGACAUCGUGAGUCUAGAAAGCGGAGUUACAAAGAGGUGGAUUAA